ACCUGUCCUGUCCAAUGCGUGCGCCCCCUCAGAGGUGAAGAGUGUUCCAGUUCAUACUGUAAACUGUCUUUGGUUCAAGGUUUGGUUUCGGUGACAGCGCUCCGCUCUAUCGGGUUUUGAGAGCCUGGAAUACGGGUUACUGAGGCGGAAAGCCGCGUUGUAGAGAGCCAAAAUGAUGAAUAUGUGGAAAGUCCGGGAAUUGGUUGAUAAAGCAACCAAUGUGGUGAUGAACUACUCAGAGGUGGAGUCUAAAGUGAGGGAAGCCACCAACGAUGACCCCUGGGGACCUUCAGGACAGCAGAUGGCCGAUAUUUCCAGAUGUACGUUUAUGUAUGAGCAGUUUCCAGAGGCGAUGAACAUGCUGUGGAUCAGGAUGCUCCGGGAGAACAAGAAGAAUUGGAGAAGGGUCUACAAGUCUCUGCUGCUGUUGUCCCACCUCAUCAGGAACGGUUCAGAGAGAGUUGUCACCAGCUCCAGAGAACACAUCUACGACCUACGAUCUCUGGAGAGCUACCACUUUGUAGAUGAGAACGGUAAGGACCAGGGAGUGAACGUGCGUCAGAAGGUGAAGGAGAUGGUGGAUCUAAUCCAGGAUGAUGAUAGACUGAGAGAGGAGAGGAAGAAGGCAAAGAAGAACAAAGACAAAUACAUCGGCGUGUCCUCUGACAGUAUGGGGGGAGGGUUCAGCAGAUACAGUAAGUCCUCUGACAGUAUGGGGGAGGGUUCAGGGUUCACAGACAGGGAUGACUCACCAGACAGAUUCAGUGACAACGAGGAGGAGCGAGGUCGCCCGUCGCAGAAUGGCCAGUCUGGGAGGUCAGUGUUCAAAGACGAGGAGGAAACCGUAACGACCAAGAGCGUCCAGAUCGUCCAGGCAACAGAAACCACUGCAACCAAGAAGAGAGGCGGGGUUCCAUCCAAAACUGUGUCCCUGGGAGCCGCAGCCCACUACACAGGAGAUAAGAGCCCUGAUACCUCUGCAAAACUGACUCUGUCCGCAGUAGCACCCCAGCCCUCCAGUAGUGGUCUGGCUGACCUAUUGAUGGUAGAUACAGGACCCAGCCAGCCUGCAGCAGCCACCGACCUGAUAGGAGGAUUUGCUGACUUCUCGUCUCCUGCUGCCUCUGUCGGCCUCUCCACAGUACCUGCCUCCAGUGGGAACGGUGACUUUGGGGACUGGAAUGCUUUCCCUGGUGGCCAGGCCCCCGUCCCCACCCCCUUCGCCCAGCCUCUGGCCCCCAGCAACACUGACCUGUUUGGGGCUCUGUUGGCCAGCUCUGCACCAGCUCCAGCCUCCGCUGACCUGUUUGAUCUGAUGGGUCCAGGUCAGACCCAGUCGCUCUCUGCCUCUCAGAGCCUCACCUUUAAUAUGACCAACACACAGACCAUCAGCAGCACCAUGCCACAGUCCAGAUCACUGUUGAUGGGCGGGCCGUUGCAGCCCCAGCAGCAUGAAGACAUGCUGGGUACCGAGGGUUCCAUGGGGUCAGCGAUCCCCUCCACCUGGUCUGACUCGUCGGUCAACAUCAGUCUGGACUUCCUGGCACCUGGCAUGCAGCCCCCCAAACCUGUCCAGCCCACCCUCAACACACUCCAAGGAGGCCAGCCCCUCCCACCCAUCAACAUGCUCUCCCAGGGAUUCGCCGGCAUGGGCCUCGCAACCGCCCCCAUCAGACCGGCAACAACUCACAUGAUGCACCCUGGUGCUGGGAUGGGCAUGGCCCACAGCCAGGGCAUGAUGGGAAUGGGCAUGAACAUGGGUGCCAUGCCCCAGGCUAACAUGACCAUGGGCAUGCCUGGUGCUAUGGGCAUUGGGAUCAGGAUGCCAGCCAUGUCUAUGGGCUCUGGCAUGGUACAGCAGCAGCCCAAGCAAGGAUUGGACGCAUUCGCAGAUUUUUGCAACUUCAGGAAAUGAGGGAAGAGAAGUGAAAGAGAGGAGGGAGGGCUGUUGUUUCUAUUUUUCUCUCCAUCCAAUCGACCGUCUGUGAAGGAUUGUAAAAGAGCUGCAAACAAAGAGUACUUGAAUGUUGUCAAAUAUCAAAUACUGACUGCCACCCCUCCACUUCCUGUUUCUCUCUUUUAAGUGAUGUAUAAAGAUAUGAAUAUACAUGAAUGUAUGUAUGUUUUAAUCAGUUGGAACUUGGAAUCAAGUUCCAAGAGGGUGUCCAGUAAUGGUUGUGUGCUGUUGGGGUUUGAAUCGGAGAGAAAGAGAGAACAACUAAGAGGGAGGGAGUGAGAAACCGGAACAGAAUGAGACUCAGAUUUUUUACUUUGAAAUGUAAGCCAAACAAAAACCAAUGAUUUCGAAGUUAAACAACCCAUACAAUUAUAUGCACAAGGAUGACUUUUAAACUUGUAUGGCUUAACUUUGCAAUAAUGUUGUUUUGAAUUGCAUUUUAAAAAAUCAUUCUGUUACCAUGGAAUUGCCCAUAUGAAUCUUCCUUGAAGAGAAUGUCAGUAGGGGUUUUGCUUUCCUUAACCCCUUUAAAUGUCCAGAGUAGCAAAAAGAUAGUUUCCUAUCAUAAUCCCACCCCAAUAACUCCCCAUCUCUUUUAGAAUGUUACCUCGACCUGUCCCUUCCCUACGACUGUAAAUAUUACUAUAAUACAACAGACAAAUAAGUUAUUGAGUUCUUGACUAUGAUGUGAAGAAGUGUGUGUCGAUUGGACGGAAUCAGAUGUCAAUCAAGAUGUUGCUAUGGCAAGGUACAUUGCGAUGGAGUCAGUCUUUUAAUACUUACUUUAUAUAUCAGCGUUCCACACUCCCAAUGUGGAAUUUCUGUUCAAUAUUAGAUUUAACAGAUCAAUCAAUCGUUUAUUGAUGGAUGGAUUUAAUAAGUGAAUGAAUGAGAAAUGAUUAAAGCUGUUAAAUGAGGAAGCUGUGGUAAUGAUAACACAGAUUUGUGGCCUUUCUUAUGGGUAUAUAUUUUUUAAAGAACUAUAAUCCUUUUUUUCCUUGCAUCCAAGUAAGAUAAUCAGUAGCUGUAGGAACAACCUCCUGGUGGGCUGUGUUCUUUAAGUACAGCACAUGGUGCCUGUGAGACGGAGGCCUUUUCCCUUCAUUAUAACUUACAGGAGACAGACGAUACAGUGGUUAAGACCGUUACUGUUCGGAGUAUACAGCACAGUAUGUAUGUGUGGUUCUUACUGCGCCCUCUGGGAGUAGGGGAUGUUGCCCCUAGACUGUUACUGUUCGGAGUAUACAGCACAGUAUGUAUGUGUGGUUCUUACUGCGCCCUCUGGGAGUAGGGGGAAGUUGCCCCUAGAUGCUGAUCCUGGUUCAGUUUUGCAUCCCCACCCAAUGGUUGGGAUUGUGGGAGGGGAAGCUGAUCCUAGAUCUGUACUUGGGGGAAACGUCACCCCAGAGUGUACAGUAUCUCUGAAGGUUUCUCAGAUGGUCCAGAUUAAGGAGAGGAUUUUUAUUUUGGGGGGGGUUCAUCCCAUAUAGCACCCUAUUCACUUUGUAGUGCACUACUUCCAAUCAGGGCCCAUAGGACUCGGCUCAAAUAUCGUGCACUAUAUUGGACAUGGGUGCAAUUUGGGAUGCACACUCUACAUGUUGAAGUCAGGACCAUCUGUACCAGGCCAGUGAGUACCUCACAUGUAGACUCCUCAGGUGCAGUCUUCCAUGAGUUGCGGUCAAUCCCAUUUCAAUUCUGGAGGUACACUGAAAUUCCAAUUGUCUUCAAUUAGAUUUUUUACAAUUUGGUUUACUUUCUGAAUUGACCCCAACCCUGCACACACACAGUAGUCUGUCUGAGAGGAGGCAUUACCUGUUGGAAACGACCAAAAUCUAUCCACUCUUGUUUGUUUUUUUUCUAAGAGAUUAUGUCUUUAUGGGGUUGUUCUCUCGUUUUAUUUGAUUUUUUUCUACUUAUUACAAUUGUUCUGAGAUCUUUGGUAAUGUGGGAUUGUUACUGGAAAGAAAACACUAGUUCAUGCAAAUGUGUAAAAAGAACAAGCGAAGCAUCACCAACGAAAGAAGCCUUGAAGAUGUCGUUUUUCUUUUUGUUUGAUUUGAUUGGCCCAUCAUGAUCCUGUAUCUGACAUUAAAACAGUUGAUUACA